UACUAAGCCCAAUUUCAAACACCAACUUAAAUUAUGGUAUUUAUAUUUCAUAUUAAAAAUUCAAAAAUAUAAUAUAUGUGAUUAUUUAUAGAACUGUACGAUUAAAAUAUUAUUAAUUAUAAGAAAAUUUAUUUGAUGGUACGCAUAAAAUACGAUUAAUUAUAUGAUAACACAUAUUUUUGUAACCUAUGAUGACUCAUAUAAGAUAUAUAAUAAUGAUUAGGGGUACGCGUUCGGGUUCGUUUCCAGGUAUGUUUGGGACUUCGUGUUCGGUUCAGAUUUUUGAUGAUUCGGUUCGGAUUUGGAUAACCAAUUUAAAGAGGUUUGGUUUAAAUAUUUGGAUAGAGAAUUAAUAAUUAAUUAACUAUUUUUGGAGUUUUGAGUAUAUUUUAACUAUUUUAGAUAUUUACGUUUGAUUAUUUGUAUAUAUUUUCAAGUAUUUAAACGAAAUUAAAAGUAUCAUAUAUAUUCGGGAUGUUUUUAUAUAUAUAUUAAAUAUUAAAAUAGUUAAUAUAUAUAUAUAUAUAUAUAAGUAUAUAAAUCUAUUUGAGAUACCAAAAAUACUUCGGUUCGGAUCGGAUUAGGUUUCAGUUCUUCAAAUGCCAAAAUUUGAAUAAUUCAGAUAUUUAAUAAAUUUCGAUUCGGAUUUGGUACUACUUAUUUGGAUUAGGAUCGGUUCGAUUCUUUGAAUUCGAGUUUUGGCCCAACCCUAAAUAGUGACAUAAAAAACAAAUACCAUCAUAUUUUUUUUAAAAAUAUAUUCGCGCGUCCGCGCAGGUCAAAAUCUAGUAAUAUUUAUGUUCAAAGAUGAUAUAAUAAAACUAAUCUAAACAGAAUUUGAGGAUCAAUUUCCAUUUCCUUUAUUUUCCUUCCAUUCAAUCUUAUGAAAACUAAAUCGGAUAUUGACUCGGUGUAAUUAUAGGGUCAAUGAUCGAACCGCUCCAACAGAGUUUUAAUAUAUUUAAUUUUAUUUUUAAUAUGAUAAUAUAUAUAACUAUAUAGUUAGUUUUUAAAAACUUUAUUUCAUUGUUAGAAUUUUAAAAUCAUAUAAAAUAUUUUAAAACUAGUUUUUUUAAAUCAUUUUUUAAUUUGAUUUUUUUUUUGAAACUAGAUUUGAGAAAACUAGAUUUUAAUAUUGAAUCGGAUGACCAUAUUUGGUCGAUUUUUUUGGGUUAUCUCGAAUCAUGUUAUUAACACAAUUUCAAACCGAUUAAAGAGUAAGUCUUUAUCCGGCUGGUCUCCCCGAGUGAUCCGGUUUACAAUUAGUUAUAUAGUAAAUAUUAAAAUAUAUAACAUUAAUCAUAAGAAAUAAAUAUUUAUAUAAAAUUUUGAAGAUCGGGCGGGGGUCGAGCUCUAGUUCUUAAUUAAAAUUGUUUAAACGUUGGUUAAGAAUCAUUCUCUCAUGAUAUAUCUAAUUUUUUUUACAUAUAUAAAUACAAACUUAAAUUUCCUCUAUUAAACUUUUUGUAAAGCAGAAUUCUCAAAAUUGCCAUUUUUCUAAUCAUAAAAAGAUUAGCAGUUAGAAAAAUGAAAGUUAUCUUCUUCUUUUACUACAUCUAAUCUAUUAAAAGGAGAGUACAAAUUUAAAUUACCCUUUAGUUUUGAAAGUUAUUUACACUAUAAUGCUACUGAGGUUAUAAAUAGUCUUUCCCUAAAUUAAUAUUGUCUUUUCCGAUUAAUAAAUGCAUUUUUCUAAUUUUAAUUUAACCAACAAAAACGGAAACAAUGAAAAACAAUCGGUAAUAUUAUGGCAUCACUUAACUAUAUAACCUCCAGUUUUCUUUUAAUAUAACCUAUAAAAAUAUAUUUGUUCUUCUUACCUAUAGCUAAUCCAUAUGUAUACAAAGCAAUGAAGAAUUACCAUUAGUUUUUAUUUUAUUAAUAUAGAUAGACAAACAUGACAAAUUAAAAAAUGGAGGUUUACGUUUUUUUUUAUUUAACUAAAAUUCAAACCAAUUAUUGAUUUAGUAUGUUCAUAAGUUUGUAUUAAUUUCAUUACUAUUUACCAAAAAUCAAUUUACUAUUUACUAAAUUAUCUACCUUUUAUAAUCAAACAAAAUUAUUUGUUUUGUUAUUAUUAUCCUCAAAGAUCAAUUUAUUAUUUGUUUUGUUAUUAUUAGCCUCAAUUUGAUUGUUCUACCUUUUUAACAAAAAUAAAUAAAUAAAUUCAAAAUCAGAACAAUAAUAUCUUUAUAAGUCUAUCAUAUGUAAUCAAUGAGAAAUAUUUGAUAUCGCUAUAAGAUAUAGAAACUGAAACACCUAAUUUGUUUGAAUAGAAUAAUUCUUUCUGCGUUCACUUGCUCUCCAAUCUAGAAUAAUUCUAAGGAUUAAAUGUAAAAUAAAUAUCCAAUUUUUUUGUCCAAUUACACCAAAUAAUUAAUUCUCCAAAUAUCUAUAUCGAAUAUUGUGAAUCAUUAGAAUCCAAACUAUUGACUAAAAUUUUGCUAACCAUAAUAUUUAAUACACCCAAUAUAUUGUGCAAUUUAAUUCACGUGGUUAGCAAAUAUUACAUUGCCCAAGGAGUUUAGUUUGCCAUUAUCCCCUUAUUAUUAUUUGAGGAGCAUUCUAGAGAACUAACAUUUACUUCAUGUGUUUAGUUCAACAAUGUCAUUUUUUACGUGGCAGGUCCACAAGUUCUCUCACAUGAUAUAUGCAAGAACCCUUAGUUAACUAGAUUAAUUACGAUAUUUGUCAUUGCUCAUUACAUUACAAAAACGAGAUAUACUAUAAGAUUCGUGACUAACAAAAUAAAUAACCUUACCACCCUAACAUUUAAUGCUUAAACGUUGACUAACAAAAUGCAUACCUACAUGGAAACUACAUACGCUUUCAUUGUUUAAACGUAAGCAGCUUUAACUUCGCUGAGAAUAUACACAACUAUUUCAUUACGGAAUACACAGAGAUUCUUCAUAGUUUAUUUCAUUAUCAUGCAUCAUAUAGCAUUUUCUAUAUAGUUAGCCCACAUAUAUAUAUAUUUUAUUUUUUGAAACAAUUUUGACUGCAUAUAUAUAAAUGCAAUAGAAAUUUCUUAAUGCCAAAAUCACAUUUUUAUAUGACUAAUUUAAGAAGUUUUAUAUGAGAAAGUUCAAGAACUUUUUUAAUACGUCCACAUUUUUAAUACGUCCAAUAUAUUUUUCCAGAGGUCGAUUACAAUUUCAAAUGUUCGUACACGUUAACCAUGAUUUAUCAUUUCCAUAAUUAUAAAUGCAAUAUACCAUUAGAGAUCGUUUUAUUAUAGUUUUGUGUCAAUACUGAGCAUCAAAGGCACGCUACUUAAAUACGUUGAUACGUUAUUUGCCAUAAUUCCUGAAUCAAAUGUGAAUUGUCGAUCACGGAUGAAAUAAAUUAUUGCCAAUCACCAAGAAUUACGUGACAAAACAUGGUGGACGUGAAAAGAGGAGCUUUCUAUAUAUGGCCCUUGACAGAUAUGUUUUCUUUGCUGAUUGAUACGAUAUCAUCAUGACAAAUUGAAAACAAAUAUGUAAUAGUCCAUAUUUGAUUCUUACUCUUAAUUGGUGUGACCAGAUCGAAUGUAGCAUUCCUAUUUUACUUUAGCAAACAUAUACUGCUAUGUAACAUGUCAAGUAAUAUAUUUGCGCCUUAUUUUGAAUACUGAAAUAUCGUUUCGUAAUUAAUGAUAUCGUGCAGAUCCUAUAUCUAGGCGCCUUUCAUAUAUGAAUACUAGACGUGUUAUUCUACAUCUCCUCACCAUUGUCUCCUUCUCAAAACACUUUUAGCUUUACAUUCUAGCAAUCACAAAAAUUGUUUUAACUCCGUUGCCGACUUGAAACCCUUUAAGAGUAUAUGGAGAGUGAUGGUGAGUAUUGUUCGAUUGUGGAAGCAAUACUUUAUAACAUAUAGUAUUUUUCUAUGACUUUUAAUUUUAUAAUAUCUACAAAUUCAAAGUGAUAAUAUCUUUAAAUCUACUCACUCCGUGCAGGAUGCGGGUUAUCACCUAGUAUAGUUUUAUUUCCAAAGCCUUUCAAUAUCACUUUUUAUAGCAAAGACAAACCAUCAUGUCAACAAAUAAAAGUUUUACAUUACUUUACAAGACUAAACCUUACAAAAACGGAUGGCGUGUGCAAGUUAAACUCACUCACUCCCCGAAACAAAACCCCCGUACCCCUGACGAGACACUUGAAAUAGUCUUUAUGAAGCAGUAAGUUCUACAGCCAUUUAAUUUUUGUAUGCUUUUCAUAAUUAUGGUUUCUAAUACGCUUUCAAAUUUUUUCAGGAUGGUAAAAUACAUGCAUCAUGCACAAAAAUUCAUGUAUUUCGGACACAAUGUAACCUUCCUAUUGAAAAGUUGCUGGAAAAGUAAAGCCCAAUAUUGACUUUAUAAUAAUUAGUGAUUAGAUAAUUAACGGAUUUCAUGGUUGUUUCGUGUAUUGAUUAACAUCGACUUCAUCGAAAAAUAUAGAGAGAUAGCAAAGGGAUUCACCGACAUAUAAAAAAAGAAAACAUAGAUAGAUGUGGUUGUUAGCACGUUGCCAAGACACGUUUUGUUAUUAAUAGGUUUUGAACUAAUGAGCCAUUAACAAUGAUUGGUUUUACAAAAUUGUUAAAUGAAGUGUAUAGAAACUAAAUCCCAUCAUUAAUGUAUGUAUCAGAUAAAUUAAAUUGAUUUUUUCGUAUUAUUUUCUUUAUAUUUUAAAAUUUUAUUGGUUAUAUGUUACAAAUUUGAAAUAAGUUGAAAAAUCAAUUUAUUUUCAUACAAAUUUUAUAACUAAUGUAAUAGAUCUCGACCCGCGCAACUGCGCGGAUGUUUGUUUUCAGUUAUUUUUAUAUGAACAUUUUGUUUUCAUUUCUUAAUUGGUAUAUAUUAUAAUAUAUAUAUAUAUAUAUAUAUAUAUAUGAGGUGUGUCAUCACUUUUAAAACAUAAUAAUUUUACCAUAUUUUAUAUUGAAUUGGUUGUUUCAAAUUUUCACAAGUUAUUAAAAAAAUUAAACUUUUAGCUUCAUAAAUUUAUACUGUCGAGUAUAUUAAGGUUGUUCAAACAUAAUAAUAUUAGAUUAUACUUGUUCUCCAUCAAAUAGAUUGUUUCAAACUUUCACAUGUUUAUUUCUUCUUAUAUAUAUAUAUAUUUGUUUGUUGGAUUAGUAUUUCAUUAUUGAUUAAAUAAAUAGAAAUAUAAUUUGGAAAAUAUUAAAAUAUUAUCAUCUCCAAAGAUAAUCAAACAUUUCACAAAAUAAGAAAGUUAACAAAAACUAAACUUAAAGCUUCAUGUGUAAAUUUUAUAAAGAAUUUAAUUAAACAUUUAAUUAUAUUUUGUAAAUGAACUAUAUACAAAACACAAAUCAAUGUGAAAUCAAUUUAGUUUUAAAAAUGUACUUGAUUAGGUGUAGAAGUCUCGAGAAAUAUUUCUGCUCCUUGCAGUUUCUUUCAAACACGAUGGUACAGGAUAUGGAAGUAAAAAUUGAUAACAUGGUUUCCAAAUCACGUUUGUUUGCUUGAAAAUGAUUGAUAGUUAUUUAGUUUCUAUAAUCUAGAAAGUGAGUUAUUUAGACUUAUGAUACUGAUAAGAUUAAAGAUUAAAUCUAAAAGGACUUUCUAGUAAUAGGUCCAUUUUUAUAAAAAAUCACACAUGAAUUUGUUUUUUUGGCAACAAACGGUUAUUCUAUUACUCAAAUUUGAGGUGGUCUGGAUAACCAGACCGGAAUAUAACAACCAAUAAAACAAAGAGAUCUAUGAAAAGAACAGGCAUUCCUAGCUAGCGAAUCAGCAAUCUCAUUUUGCGUCCUUGGGAAAUAGCUGAUCUUAAAGUCCGAAAAACACAGCUGAAGAGUUUGAAUGACCUCCAGCUCAGUUGAGAAGUUUGGCCAAGCUUGUGGGUCCGUUAUCAUUGCAAUCAUGUCCUUGCAGUCUGUUCCAAAUCUCUGAAAGGUCGAAUGUUGUAUCAUGCUCUCCAUCGCCCAUUUUAACGCUUCCAGUUCCGAGUCUAAUGCUGUCUCACGCCUCCUCAUGUUUCGUGUCCCCAUAACUUGAAUCUUCCCCAUGCUAUCUUUCCAAACCAAUCCAAAUCCACUAAAUUGAGCUAUGGAGGUCCAUGAACCAUCCACCAUACAAAUAUUACCUAAGUAUAAGGCUUGUGCUUCUUCAACAGUCUGUGCCUAUGGAAGAACAUGUAUGGUAUCCUUUGCAUUAUACCAAGCUUGACAUUCACUCUCUACAUACUUGACAAGUUCCAAAGGGUCUCUAUCUAUACUUCUAAAUAGCUUAUCAUUCCUAGCCUUCCAAAUAUACCAGAUUAUCGAAGGAUAAGGAUCUCUGUCAUCUUCUCGCUUCAUAAUACUAUUCUUCCUCCAAAAGAGAUAGUCCAUAUUGGCGUAUAUACUCGAUAUAGGAAAAUUCUGAGAGCUUGACGGUGUUGAUGAUAAUACCCAUGCUUGAAAAGUCGGUGGGCAUUCGAAGAUCGCAUGAGUGACAGUUUCUUCCGGCUCUCCACAUUUUGGACAGUAGUUAUCGCAUCACAUAUUAUGGCGUACCAGAUUCCUUGUUACUGCUACCUGUCCUGAGAUUAAUUGCCAUAUAAGAUGAAAAAUCUUUUGUGGUGCAUUAACUUCCCAAGCAAAUGCUUGAAGUUUGGUCAAACUGGGUUGCAGAACUUCUAUUUCCUACUCAGCUUUCAUCAAAUUUGUAGCAACCCAAUGUCCAGACUUGACUGUAAAUUGACUAUUUUUGGUGUAGCUCCAGCAAAAUGUAUCUCGUCGAUGGGUAUGACUUAUGGCCAAACUCUGAAUCAAUUAUAUGUCCUCCUGAUCUACAUACUGUUCCAAUAAUUGAGCAUCCCACUCCUUUGAUUCAAAAUUAAUAAACUGCUGACGGUCAUCUUUGGAUGUACUACUGGAGCUCGGGGUCGAGCUGGCCUUGCUGGCGUUGAGGGAAUCCAUGGAUCCUGCCAUACAUUAAUUUCACAUCAUGAAUGUACUUUGCUCAUAAUACUCAAAAGUAAUAGCUUCCUCGCGGUUAUAAUACUCGUCCACACAUAAGAUGGAGUAUCCAGUGCGCCAAUUCGUAAAGACGAACUCAGACGGUAAUAUCUUUCCCGAAGAUUUCUUGCCACUAACGAAUCUGGAAGUUGAACAAGACGCCAAAGCUGCUUCGCUAAAAAAGCUAAGUUAAAUUCAUGGAUCAUGCGUAAACCAAUCCCUCCUUUCUUUUGAGGUGCAUACAUUUUCUCCCAUUUAACCCUGUGAAUUCUUUGUUUAGGUGAAUCACACAUGAAUUAAGAUUGUGAUUUCUUUUCUAAAAAUAUUUGUUUAAUAUUUCUAAAAGCGUGGAAACUAGAUUCAAAGGUUAAAUAUGAUUUAGACACAGCUUUGAUUAUUGUCAACGCUCUCAAUUCGAUCAUUAAUAGUUCAAUAGUACAGUGGACGAACUGAUAUCAUUUUGAUUUUUAUAUACACCUAGCAAAAGAGCCUAAAAGGCUAAAACACUUAUUAUAUCUAAGUAUGUGUAAGAGAACCUUUUCUGGUAUGAAUAUUAAAGAGUAAUAGAACUUUUUUUUUUUUAAGAGUAAUAGAACUUGUGUUCCAAAGAAAACAAAAGGAUCAACCCAAAACACUCAAAAUAUGGAUAAUAAAAAAAGACAGAGACUAGAAAUUACAAAGUCAUCGAAGCUCUACAAUAGUUGAAAAAUAGUGGUGAUGUAUUGUACAUUAACCUAACUAUCUAUAUCUUGGUACCGCGAAACAAACUGCUUACAUAUAGUGAGAAUAUUCUGUUACGUAUGCCCAACAAAAAUUCUCCAAUAUACAAUGUUAAGAAAGAAAAAGGGUUCACGAGUUUGAAAAUCCCAAAGAAUAAUUAAAAAUAUUUAUUUAUUCAUUUUUUUGUCAAAAAGAUUUUAAGUUCAAAAAUUAUAAGAGAGAGAUAUAUGAAAUGUGGAAGGAUAAUGAUAUUGUAAACACUCAAGCUGUCUGUUCAUAGAGAGAUGCGUGGCCAUCGUUAUCUAAUAAAUACACUAGACUCCUAACUAUCUACAGCUUCAUUAUCAGUAACUAUUUGAAAUACUAACAUUUCUGUCACAUUAAAUAUUCUUCACCACCUUCUUCUAUCCGAUUCCCAAUGUAAGAGAGAGAGAGAGAGAAGGAAGAGGUAGGCUUGCACAAAUACAAAAACCACUCUUUGCUCAGGCAGAGCUCUUGAUUCUUUUGUAAACUUUUAUCUGACAGUCACUUUUCACUGCGUUGAAGGAGGUGAAAUAAGGUUAAAGCUUUGAAGGUUGUAGUAAGCUUUUUCUUUACUGCAAAUGGGACGAAACUGCGGCCAAGGCGGUGGAGCAAUCUUUUCCACUAAGUCAAAGAGAAAAGCAAAUGGAUGCAUGGCUGCUUUUUAUCACUUGUUUGAUUUCCAACAUCUCUACUUCCCUUCUCAUCAUAAUCUCACCAUUGAUUCUCCUUCCAGGUCAAAAGGCUUGAAGUUAAUAGAAGAGUCUCCACCAUUAACAGUCUACAAGGAGAAACAAAGUUUGAACAUUCCUGUAAGCAUACGAGUGAGAAUAGAGACAGGGACAAGGAGUUCAAGACUCAUUGCGACCGAUACUUCAUCUGAAAUGUGCAACUCACCAGGCAGCAAAACACCAAGCUUGGUGGCUAGACUAAUGGGUCUUGAUCUUCUUCCUGAGAAAACAGACCUUAACAAGUCACUCCCAAGUCGUCUCACAAGCCACACACUUUCCAAGAAAGGCACACGCCUAGGUGGGACCAGAUCUUUACCGGAGAGUCCCAGAGUCUCCUCUGCUCGAAAAUCUGAUUUCGACAUCCAUCGCCUCUCUCUCCAGCUGAACAAAGAGAGCAAGCGUGAAGAGUUUAGCUGUUCAAGGCUGAAACUAAUGAAACAGCAAGAUCAAGAGGAGAUUCAGAGUCCAAGGCAGAUUCUGAAACAAAUCAAAGAGAGAAUCGUCACCAGAAGAGUCGUGGGUAUGGAUAUUACAAACUCGGUGAAGAACAAAGAAGCAAGACCAUUACAAGACAUUAACGAGCUUCGAAGAGACACGUCAAUUUCUUGCUCACCAAGAACCAGGUUUUCAAAUAAAGAAAACAAACCAAGCACCUCAUCUUCUUUCAGACCAGAACAAACCACACAUAAGCCAAAGCCAAAGCCGGAGCCAAAGAAAACGAAGGUGAUCCUUGUUCCCGUGUCAGAACCCCCUGGAGAGAAACAUAGCAAGAAGAGAGUAACACAGAAGGAGCUAAGACCCAUCAAACAAUGCAAGAAGGCAAAGAGCGAAACAAGGUUCACUCAACGUCCCUUAAAACCUUCUCAGACACCAGAUACUCGAAACAAGGCUUUCUUGUCUGAAUCUACAACAGGCUCUAAAGCUACCAAUCCCUUACACAAGAAGAAGUUCAAGAAAAUACUAAAGUCAAGUGAUGUUGACAACAACAUCUUUGUCACAAAACCUCCUCAGAAACACGUACAUCGUGUACCUUCUCAAGAUAUAAACGAAGAAGCUGGAAUAAAAGCGAAUGAAACUGAGGAGAUUGGUCCAGAAGCUGCAGCGAGGAACUAUCAUGGAUCGGAGGAAAAAGGCAAGCUCUGUUCCGUCGUUAGCAAUAAGCGUUGUUGGAAUAUCCGAGAGAUUGCUGCAGUGGAUAUUGAUAGUCUUCUAGAGACAGAGAAGCUCGAAGAAGAAGGAGAAGAGAUCGUCGCAGAGUUUGAGCGGGAUAUUGUUGAAGCGCUCGUGCGAGAAACGGUGUCUGAAUUGAAUAUUCAGCGGAGACGAAGCUAAACGACAUCGGAGAAAAGACUUAGUUAUUCGGUGGUUUAAAACUUUAAAUGUAUGGGCUUAUAAGGAUUAUCUGUUUCUUAUAUGAUUCGCCCGUAACUAGCACCCACUCUAUUUUUCAUUAUAAAUUAAAGUUUGGAGUAAAAAUAUUUUAUUACUAUUUUAUUUUCA